ACGAUCCCCUGAAAGACGCGAACGGCUCGGAGGAGUUUUGCUACAUCAAAAUAGAGAACUCGUACUCGUUGACGGAGUGCACGAAGAAGUCGCUGGAAAGGUCAGGAAAAAUUACGUCCGCGGGUCGGAGGGCAGAUUCGAGCGGGCCUCGAAAGAAUUUAUUUCACGUUGGAGCGAAAAACGCGUCGCAACAAUGGAUGCUCAAUUUGGAGCACCGAGACAUCGUUCGAAAGGCGUCGAUGGUUGAGUCCGGUUUGCUCCUGGAGUGCGACCACUGUGGUAAAUUUUUCCGUCAGAAGAAUCACCUGAGAUCGCACAUGAAGAAGCACAAGCAUCGUUGCAGCAGCUGCGACGAGACGUUCCUGCUGAAGAAGGACUUGAGGCUGCACGCAGAGGAGAAGCACGGCCCGGUGAUCUAUCCGUGCACCAUCUGCGAGUACAAGAGCAACAACAAGUGGACCCUUAGGGACCACAUCGUCAGGAGGCACAGCACCAGCUACGAUCACGCCUGUCCCGUCUGUCACAAGAGGUUCAAGAUCAGGAACGACAUGAAACAGCACGCCAAGCAAGUGCACAGCAACGCGCCACCGAUGAAGUGUCUGAUCUGUGGCCAGACCAGCAAAACGCUUCCAGCGUUGAAGGCACACAUGAGAUACAGACACUACAAGCCCGACUACGAGUGUCGUAUAUGCAAGCGACGUUUGACCUCUCAGAGCAGGCUGGAUCAGCAUCUGCUCUGGCACGAGACGAGGGAGAAGGUGAUCUGUUCCACCUGCGGUAAAACAUUCAGCCACAAAAGGGACCUCGACAUCCACGCGAGGAUCCACGAGGGCAUCAGGCCCUACGCCUGCCCGGUCUGCGGCAAAACGUUCUCCAGAAGGACCGCCCAGGAACAACACACGCUCAUACACACCGGUCUGAGGCCGUACAUUUGUGAUAUAUGCGGGCAGGCUUUCACUCAGAAGCCGGGGUUGAUUUGCCACAGGAAACGACAUCCUGGUCCCCUGCCACAGCUACCCGUGAUCUCCGUUAGGAAGCUCAUCACAGAGUUCACCCAGGAGUUGACCACCACUGCCAAGAAGGACGAAGAUCAAGUUGAAGCGAAAAAGGCUGAGAUAAAGUGAAAUACAACGUGACCUGGAAUACUUCUUUAUUGCGUUAACUGUCUCGCUAAAUUCUCUGGAAGUCCUGCCAAACCACGCUUAACACGUUAUGUGACGAAGACGUAUAAGUAUGUUCAUCCGCAGACUGACCUCCAACGAGGGUUCGUUCGCUUUUGUGUCACGAAAGGUCGUACAUAGCACUGGAAGAUUACCCUGAGGAACAAAACUGAGCAUGGAAUUUUAACGUAAAUAAUGAUUUACACGCUGUUAAAAAGAAUAGAAACUACGUGAUAUCACUAUUUUUUUGAAAAAUUGGUAACAUUCAAACUCGGUAUAUUUGUUUUGUAUAUUAUACAGCCAUUCCAUCUUGCUCUCUCUACUCGUCUAAUUUAAUUUGUAUUUUUUGUCUCGUGACGACGAAUGAAGUGGUUAAAUAAAAGACAAGAAUAGCAAGAAAAUAAAAGGACACAGGCAAAAUUGAAUAAGUGCUUGGUUAAGCGACCCGCAGACUAUGGAGAUCAACUCGAAAGUUUGCUCGUGUACUUUUUGACGCGAGGAGGAUCUAACUCUGAACCCUUUACGUUUACUCUUGCCGAAUUAUUUCUUAACCCUUAUUAAAAUAAGACUAUUCGGAGAAACGAGAACGAGACUGUAAAUCUUACAGCC